GAAUGGCGCUUAAGGUUCUCAUUCUAUCCGCCUUCGUGGUUGGUGUCUUUGGUAGUUCACUGCCAUCCUACACUCCUGCACCAUCCUAUAAUGCUCAUGCUCCCACGGGACCAGCUCAGUACGACUUUAACUAUGCAGUGAAUCAUGAUUACUCCAAUAACGACUUCGGCCAUCAAGAAAAUCGUAAUGGAUACGACACUCAAGGAGCGUACUUUGUACUGCUUCCCGACGGCCGUGUACAGAGGGUAUCGUACAACGUGAACGGCGACUCUGGAUACGUUGCCCAGGUUUCGUACGAGGGAGAGGCUCAAUACGGCGCCCCAAGACCUUCCACUUCUUACCAGCCUGCUCCUGCUUAUGCUUAAACCUAAAGGUUAUCCUGAAUCCAUCGGAGUUGACAAUAUGAUAUUUAUUUACUAUGGUCACAAUAAAGUUCUAAUAAAU